GAAACUAUAAUAUUCAUUCACCCCUUUUCCUGGGCUGGGAUUCAUUGAGACAUACCAGAGUUCUCAGGCAAGGCAUCAUGUCUAUUGGGAGAACACUCUGUAAUCUAAUUAAAUGGGGAAUGCAUGUAUCUUACUCUUGUGAAUAAAACUUUUGAAACACACAGGAAAACAGGACAAUAUGAUCAACAUAACUCAUCUAAAUUUAACACAGUAUAAUCCCUCCAACUGAAACAAUACUGUAUCCAAUGUAUAAAUUAUUAACACUUUUUCCCCUUGUGUCAUCCCAUAAUUGCACUGAAUCAUGUAGAAAUCAUGACAAUAACCCCCUUUAGUUUUUAUCUUUCAGAGACAAAGACAUUCUUCCGAAUGAUCCAAGGCCAUGGUCACACUAAAACAUCAGAUUCAUCAACAAGAUGAAUCACACAGAUGUUUCAGAAUUCCUCCUUCUGGGAUUAACAGAUGAUCCAGAACUGCAACCAUUCCUCUUUGGGCUGUUCCUGUCCAUGUACCUGGUGACAAUCCUGGGAAACCUGCUCAUCAUCCUGGCCAUCAGCUCUGACACCCACCUGCACACCCCCAUGUACUUCUUCCUCUGCAACCUGUCGUUUACUGACAUCUGUAUAAGCACAACCACAGUCCCUCAGAUGCUGUUGAACAUCAACGUACAGAAUCAGCACAUUAGCUACACUGGCUGCGUUUCCCAGAUUGGCUUUGUCUUACUUUUUGGUGGUUUUGAAAACUGUUUUCUUGCAGUAAUGGCCUAUGACCACUAUGUGGCCAUCUGCCAUCCACUGAGGUACACAGUCAUCAUGACCCCCCGACCCUGUGCUAUGCUGAUUCUGCUCUCUCUGCUCCUUAGCACUGGGAAUGCCCUGCUCCACAGUCUGAUGGUGCUGAGGCUGUCCUUCUGCAGGGACCUGGAAAUCCCCCACUUCUUCUGUGAACUUGUUCAGGUCAUUAAGCUUGACUGCUCUCAUACCCUUAUCAAUAACUUCCUGAUAGAUUUUGUAGGCAGCCUAUUUGCGGGUGUUCCUGUAUCUGGGAUCAUUUUCUCUUAUAGUCAAAUUCUCUCUUUCAUUUUGAGAAUGCCCUCAGUGGAGGGAAAGCAUAAAGCUUUUUCCACCUGUGGGUCUCACCUCUCUGUUGUCUCCUUGUUCUAUGGUACAGGUUUUGGGAUGUACAUUAGCUCUUCAGUUACUGACUCUUCUAGGAAGGCUGCAGUGGCCUCAAUGAUGUACAUUGUUGUUCCCCAGAUGAUGAACCCCUUCAUCUACAGCCUGAGAAAAAGGGACAUGAAGGGAACCUUGAGGAAAAUAAUUAGUAGGAUACCUCUGUCUGUGAUGGUGACACCUGCUUUUUGUUUGAUUUCUGUGAAUGAAUCAAAGUGACAGGAUUCUUUGGUGAGCCAGAUACCUGUUUAUUCUACCACCAUGUGGUUGUAAAAUGAUUAGAUAACAUAAUGGCUAAGUGUAUUAUAACAUGGGGUUGAAAUAUAAUGAUUCUUUUUGUCUAGCUCCAUGAUGAAUGAGAAUGACUUCAGUUUUCUAAAUUCAGUUUCUUUUCUCAUGGUCCACAGAAGUAAAGCUGAUUCAGGGGUUCUAAGUUUAGUGAUUUUUUUUUUGUAGAUUACUCUCCAAACAAGGAACAUUGUAAAAGGUGGAUAGAAUAUGAAAAUGACUGAAGCAAGGCUGUGGUUAUUUCUAUGACUAGCUUUUGUCUGAUUUGUGGUUAUGACCAUGUCAGUUGCAUGCCCAGUUUAGCCAGGCAGAGGGGCAAGGUUGCUAACCUUUCAAACCCCAAUUUAGUAUUCAGACUAGUCAUUGGUCAAACAUACACUUCCAAGGCUACCUUAGCCUCUACUAUAUUAAUUUUUAUUAACUAUAAAAUUGAUAUAGUUAGAUUAUCUCAGUGGUUUGAAAUGAUUGUGAGAUAUUUGAGAUUCAUCAGUGGAAAACAGAUACAGGUUUCACUCAUGGAAAUAGUGCCUAGAGACAGAAACAUGACAGUACUUCUCUUGGUCAGCUGAUACUAGACCUGUACAUAGAGUGAACAGAAAACAUAUGUGUCAUCGGUUGAAUGAAGGUCUUCAAAAUAUAUGUCCAUAACCUAAUUAUCCUUACUGUGUUUUAAUAUAAAUAUUAUAUAAAUAUAAAUUUGUAUACUUGGGGUGAAUGGUACUAAUUUAGAAAAAAAGAGUCAUUUCAGUGGAAGACAUUCAGCUAGAUUUUUCCAGAAUGACAGAUAAUAAAU